AUGGGACUUGCCAAAGGGAUCGUGGGCUUCCCUCGCCUGCUUCUGGCAGGGAGCCCCAGCAAAGUCGACAUCGUGAUGCUGUUAGGUGGCAUUUUAUGUGCCAUAGCGUCUGGUGUUCCAUUUCCGCUAAUUGGAGUCGUAUUUGGUGAGCUACUCAACGAUUUCAACGACGUCACAUGCGAUGAGUCGGCCAAUACUUCCACUUCCGACUCGGAUGCCAGCUACCAGAGCAGCAUCAACAGCAAGAUCUUGCUGAUCUUCUACCUGGCUAUCGCCCAGUUCGUCCUCAUCUACGGCCAUCUUCUCUGCUGGAGCUUGACCGGCGCUCGGCUCGCGCAGAGGCUCCGUGAAAGAUACCUCCAGAACCUCCUCCGCCAGGAGCCCUCCUACUUCGACAAUCUGCCCACGGGUGAGGUGGCGUCUCGACUCAGCAGCGACAUCUCAACAAUCCGCUCGGGGACCUCCGAGAAAGUCGGGAUAUGCCUCGCCAGCGUGUCCUUCUUCGUUACCGCGUACAUCGUGGCUUUCAUCAAGAAUUGGGAGCUAGCCGCCAUGCUGCUAUCCCUCAUCCCGGCCUAUUUCGUCAUGUCGUUUGUUGGAAGUUACUACAUCGAAAAGUACUCCGGCCUCAUGUCCGACUACGCCGCCACUGCCGCAUCCAUUGCGUCCGAGGCGCUUUCUAAUACCGUCGUAGUGCAGGCGUUCGGUGCGAACAAGCGGCUCGAGGCCAAGUUUGCGAACGCGCUCAAGUCUUCGGAACGCGAGGGCUUGAAGAAGGCCACUGCGGUAGGAAUUCAGUCAGGUGUCUUGUACUUUGUCGCCUAUUCGGCCAACGGUCUUGCUUUCUGGCAAGGAGCUCAGCGUAUUGCAGACUCAGUGAGCGAUGGUAGUCCAGGCGGAACCACCGUUGGUGCCACAUUCACAGUUAUUUUCAUUCUGGUCGAAGCCACGCUGCUUCUUAGUCAAGUAGCACCAUUCGUUCACUUGUUCACCGCCGCAGUUGCCUCUUUCGAGAAGUUGCGCGCGGACAUCGAUCGUGAACCGUCCUAUGAUGGGACGACAACUUCAGGCACUCGCCUGGAGCAGGCAGAAGGUGGCUUUGAAUUAAGGGAUGUCUCUUUCGUGUACCCAUCCAGGCCAGAGGUCUCCGUGCUCGACCACGUCAGCAUUCGCAUUCCACCGAAGAAACACACAGCCAUCAUCGGUCUCUCUGGUAGCGGGAAGUCGACAAUCGCAGGCCUGGCAAUGCGACUGUACGACCCGGUUGAAGGGCAAAUCCUAUUCGACGGCCACGACCUCCACGAUCUCAAUACCCGCGACUUGAGAAGCUUCGUCAGCUUGGUACAACAAGAGCCGUCCCUACUCGACCGAACUAUUCUCGAGAACAUUGCCCACGGUUUGAUCAACUCUAGCAAUCCCAAACACGCACACCUCAAGGCGGCACUUCUCAGCUCCGUUCUUUCAGAUAUCGCAACCGAAGCAAGGGAUGGCCUGGACCUCAUGGUCGCAGCAGAGAAACAAGGAGCCGAAGUGGUGGAGAUCGUAAACCUGGUCAAACACGCUGCUGUCCUCGCGGAUGCAAGCUCGUUCGUUGAGGGUCUGCAGUAUGGCUACGCCACACUGGUGGGAUCAAUGGGACGACUUGUCAGUGGAGGACAGAAGCAGCGAGUUGCCCUGGCGAGAGCGCUUGUCAAGGAGCCAGCAAUUCUCAUCCUGGACGAAGCUACGGCGGCACUAGACUCAAGGAGUGAGCAGCGGAUCAUGCAGGCCAUCAACAACAUUGCCGAAGGCAGGACCGUUCUCACCAUUGCGCAUCGUCUGUCGACUAUCACCAAUGCGGACAACAUUAUUGUCAUGCACAAGGGACAUGUCGUGGAAGAAGGAAAUCAUACUGAGCUGAUGGCCAAGAAGGGGACGUAUGCCGACCUGAUCGGCAUGCAGAACCUUGGAACAUCUUCCCCAAAGACUGAUGCUUUAGGUGGUGAUUCGCCUACAGGCAAAGGCGACCAGGUUUCUCUGACUGAGACUCUGAUUGAGAAGGAUGUCCCAUCAGGGAACGACGCGGAGAGCUCCGAGGAGAAAGCCGAACCGGACUCAACGAGCGAAGGAGAAGAGGACGAGCCUGAGACCCCGGCCAAGUCUUUGUGGGCUUUAUGCAAAGGUUACGGGCCAGCCCUGAGGCCCCACCUGCUCGUUCUCUUCGUUGCACUUCUUGGCUCCAUCAUCGUUGGCGGAGCCUUCUCCGGUGAAGCCGUGAUCUUCGGUAACACAGUCGGAAGCCUGAACGUAUGCAAAAGCGUCGACAGUAUCCGGGAUGCCGGUGACUUCUUCGGACUCAUGUUCUUCGUACUGGCAAUUAUUGAGUUCUUCGCCAAUGUGAUGAGCUGGUCUGGCUUCGGCUGGGUGUCUGAGCACAUUGUCUAUUCAGUGCGCGUCUUAUCUUUCCGUUCACUCUUCGAGCAGGACCUGCAGUGGCAUCAGUCCAAUAACCGUACACCAGCUCUGCUUCUCUCGUACAUCACUAGAGAUGGCAAUGCUUUGGCUGGGCUGAGCGGUUCUGUUCUUGGCACGAUGAUCUCGAUCACUGUCAACCUCGUUGCCGCUAUUAUCCUGACACACAUCAUUGCCUGGAAAAUCGCCCUGGUGUGUCUCUCCUUGGUGCCACUGCUCCUUGGUGCGGGUAUGAUGGAGCUGCACGUCCUCGGCAAAUUCGAAGUGAAGCACGAGACGGCCUACACCAAGUCAGUCGACAUCGGCACUGAGGCAAUCACGAAUAUCAAGACAGUUGCGUCCCUUUCUCUGGAAGAGGAAAUCCUCAGCGACUACCGACGAUCCCUGAAAGGACCUCGCCAGGAGACCCUCAAGGUCACACUGCAGGCGAGUUUCUGCCAAGCCCUCACAUACUUCCUUGGCAACUGUGUGAACGCACUGGCAUACUGGUGGGGCGCCAAGCAGAUCAUCGCGGGCAACUAUACACAGACGCAAUUCUUGAUCGUGGUCUUCUCCCUCCUUGUCAGCGCACUUCUCUUCAGCCAGAUGUUCGCACUCGCGCCGGAGCUGUCAAGUGCCCGUGCCGCAGCGGCGAGGAUUCUGGGUCUCAUCGAGAUUGGCUCGGAUGGCAUGAAAGGGCGCAUCACCGAUGUCCCUUCAGACUCAGCGGAUGUCGAGGCUGCUGGCGAGAAAUCGGCUUCUCCUUCUACCUCUGCCCGCCAGGCUGCUACUGUGCAGUUCCGAGACGUUCACUUCGCCUAUCCUGCCCGGCCAGACGUCAAGGUUCUGAGUGGCCUGACCAUGGACAUCCGCCCCGGCCACUUCUGCGCGCUAGUCGGUCCCAGCGGCGCAGGCAAGUCGACCAUCAUCUCGCUCGUCGAGCGCCUAUACACGCCCUCAUCGGGUGCCAUUCUGGUCAACGGCGUUGACGUGACGAAAGCCCGCGAUGUCUCAUUCAGGGACACGAUCUCUCUCGUGCCGCAGGAGAGCGUGCUGUUCGAGGGCAGCAUCAAGUUCAACAUCGGCCUGGGCGCCAAGCCGGGCCAGGAGGCCAGCCAGGAAGACAUUGAGGAGGCGUGCAAGCUCGCCAACAUCCACGACGUGAUCAUGGCGCUGCCCGAGGGGUAUGACACGCUCUGCGGUCCCAACGGAUCCCAGUUCUCCGGUGGCCAGCGGCAGAGAUUGUCAAUUGCUCGCGCGCUCGUGCGCAAGCCCACACUACUUAUCCUCGACGAACCGACCAGUGCCUUGGACGCUGAGUCGGAGAAGCUGCUGCAGGAAGGUCUGGAGAAGGCCGCGAGAGGAGUAACUGUCAUUGCUAUUGCUCAUCGCUUGCAUACUAUCCGGAAAGCAAACCGCAUCUUCCUCAUUGAGGCGGGUCAGUGUGUUGAUGCAGGUUCUCAUGAGGACCUGUUGGAGAGGUCAGCCAGUUAUCGGGCUAAUGUGAUGCACCAGACCGUGGCCGAGUAA